UUGACUAGCUUCACGUAAUGAUGUCACUUUUGACAUAUAAACGUCAAGUUACGGUUAUAAUAUAGUAUUUGUCAAACAAUGUGAUUUUAAUGUUACUAUAAAAAAAUAAGUGUUUAUUUUUUGUUGCUCAUACAAUUUAUUACUAAAACUAGGAAAUUACAAUGUCGGAUUAUUUAAAAGUAGGCAGGAGAGUUGAUGUCAGUGGUAAAGGUGUACAGGGUGUUAUUGCGUUUGUGGGGACCACUACUUUUGCCCCUGGUAAAUGGAUAGGGCUUAUUUUGGACGAAGCAAAGGGUAAAAAUAAUGGCACAAUUAAGGGAACAUCAUAUUUUAAUUGUGAAGAAAACUAUGGUAUGUUUGUAAGGACAACCCAAGUGGUUGCUUUAGAUGAAAAUGGAAAACCAAUGCAAAUGGCACCUCCUGAGGAUCCACCAGCCUCCAAAAUUGCUAGAAGUCGACAAAGCAUUUCAGGAACAAAGCCAAAACCAACAACUUCGAGAAUGUCGCUCGCUAGCAGUCGGCAAUCGCUCGCCGGAAGUCGCCAAUCCUUAACCGGAAGUAGACAGUCCCUCAGCGGAAGUAGAACCCAAUUGGCGUCUCCAGCUACGGACAAGCCUGAAGGUGGUUCAGAGCAUGUCAGCCAAAUACCCAAAAGAGCAUCUUUCGUGGAAACUGGUUUUGUGGAGACUUUGAAGCCACAAUUUACUCCGGGACAUUCUAUAACAACAACGCCAACUCCUAUAACUUCGGUAGAAGAUAAAAUUAAUCACUUGCAGCUUCAACAAGAAAUUGAGAACCGCCAGCAGCAAAUUAGGGAUUUGGGCGAAAAAUUGGAAUCUUUGAAAAUAAAAAGGCAGGAGGACAAGGAGAGGCUUAAGGAUUAUGACAAGCUUAAGAUACAAUUAGAACAAAUGAUUGAAUUCAAAUCUAAAAUCAUGGAAGCUCAAGCGAGCUUGCAAAGAGAAUUGCAGCGCGCCAAGCAAGAAGCCAAGGAGGCUGUGGAAGCUAAAGAGCAACAUGCCGACGAGGUUGCCGAUUUGGCGGAAGCCGUGGAAAUGGCAACGUUGGAUAAAGAGAUGGCCGAGGAGAAGGCGGAGACUCUCCAGUUGGAGUUGGAAGUUUGCAAGGAACGUUUGGAGGAGGUUACAUUGGAUUUGGAGAUACUGAAAACUGAAAUGCAAGGAAAAGCUGGAGGAGCUGUAGCAGCCUCAAACGAAGAAUCCUUGAACCCAUUUGAGAUAAAACAAUUGCAACAGCAAAAUGCGAGGCUUCGCGAAACUUUGGUACGUCUUAGAGAUCUUUCGGCUCAUGACAAACACGAGUAUCAAAAACUAUUAAAAGACAUCGAUCAGAAAAAAUCUGAAAUCACCGAACUGGGCAAAACCAAGGAAAAACUCAGCGCUAGAGUCGAGGAUAUGGAACGGCAAAUUGCGGAUUUGCAGGAACAAGUCGACGCUGCUUUGGGCGCUGAAGAAAUGGUCGUCUUAUUAGGAGAACAAAAACUUACCCUGGAAGAAAAAGUAACUCAGCUUCAAGAAGAAGUGGCGGAACUCGAAGCUUUGCAAGACAUGAACGAUCAGCUGGUGGAAAGCAACGCAGAGCUCGAAGCUGAUCUCCGCGAGGAGCUAGAUCUGGCGCAAGCCGCAACUAGGGAAGCGCAUCGCGAUAGGGAUGCAGCUUUGGAAACAAUUGCGGAUCGCGAGAAUACUAUUGGAAAAUUUAGGCAGCUGGUUCAGCAGCUUCAGGAACAAUCGAUGAACUUGCAGCAACGCUUGGAGAAGGAGUCAAGCAAGCCGGUUUCGGCUUUACCGGAAAUUAUUGACUUUAAGAAGAUGUUUUCUGAGACUAAGGCUCAUACUAAGGCUAUCGAUUUGGAGUUAAGAAGAGUGGAUAUACAGCAGCUUCAGCAGCAUAUUAAGUAUUUGAGUUCUUAUAUGCCAGAUUCGUUUAUGAAUAGAGGAGGAGAUCAUGAUGCAGUAUUAUUAUUAUUGUUAAUUCCUCGUCUAACUUAUAAAACCGAUAUUUUACUUAGUCAAAUCAAAGACAAAUUUCCAGCUGUCGAAAAAGUCGACAGAACUGCUAUUUUAAAAGGACACCAUGUAGAGCAGUUUACUUUUAGAUGCCGCAUAACUUACUACAUAUACGCCUUACAGACCAUUUUACAUCAAUACGACUACGCUUUAAACACCUGCAACACCGACGCUUUACUUAAAGUAGGAUCAUCUUACCCAGAAAUGGCAGCUCAAGAAAAAAUAAUCGACGGAUUCGUGGAACUUAUUAAACGCGAUCAACUCGACGAAAACGUUCCAACAGAAGCGCUAGAAAAAUGCGUGGGCUACUUUAACACCUUAUUUCCGGUUUUACUUGGACCAGAUACUAAGGUCAACCAAACACUGCUCCUAAAUGACAACGUUAAAACUUUGUUGAGCGCCUCCGAUGGUUUUAACACGGAUGCUUUAGUUAUUAGGAAUUUAAUCGAGACAUCCAAUGUUGGCGACAUUGGUUUGCUUGCGCAGCAUGUUAUUGCGACCGUAGAGCAGCUUCACCAGCAACUUAAGCUCGUUAAGAGACGCUUACCGCCUGAUAUGGGCUUGGCUAAUAUUGGCUUGAAUAAGGAGGUUUUCGAGAAUUUGUAUCAAUCCUACCAACAUUCAGGGAAAAUAUUGAGAACCCUGCAUGAUGUUGUCAAGAGUUCCAUACAAACUCUUACUGCUGGAGGAGAAUCUGAAAAGGGCUUAAGCCAGGAUAAAAUAAAGGAUAUCGCUAUAAAUUCAAGCGAUAAAGUUUAUGAACAGGAUGACUUGGGGCCAGUGCAGAGCAUUAAAAAUUCCUUGAGCUUUGUUUUGACUCAAAUAUCGCAAGUAGCGCAAUUCCUUCAAGAUAAUGAGUACGAAAUUAGUACUGCCAACAAAAAUGAAGAGAAGACUAUUCCACCAAUACAAGUCAGAGCGGAAUCUAUCAAAAAAGAAUUGGAGCAAACCAAAACACUCACAAGCAAACUGGGGAACAAAGAAUCCGACAUAAAAGAGCUAAAGAAAAUCGUCAAAGAAAAACAAGAACAACUAACGCAAAUGACAAUACGCAAAGAACUAGCAGAGAAAAAAUUAGGAAACGUCAAUAAAGACUACGAACUAAAAAUAGAAAUGCUUCAAAGAAAACUGGAAGAAGCGCACAACAACUACAAGAAGAAAGAAAAAGAGUUUGAAGAAACUUUGGAUCACCUUCAAACCGACAUUGAUUCCCUCGAAAGCGAAAAAGGUGAGAUGAAAGAAAAACUCAAAUUAUUCUCCAAAAAAGCUCAGAUGGAGGCUACAAUCAGCAAAAGCGUUUCCGCAUCCUCCCUCUCAUCUUCGAUGCAAUCUUCUUUGGGCGGUCCCACACUUCCUGCUGUCGUCAGAGAUUCUCCCAUGCUGAUGCAGGAGAUUAACACGUUGAAGAAGUUGUUUCACCAAGAAAAAAACGAGAGGAUCAAGUUGCAAAAUGAGCAUUACAAGAAACAGUUGGAUAGUUUGGCUCCUUUGCCUAGUUUUAAGACUAACAAAGAUGAGGUCAUUGAUGAGUUGUUCAAAGAGGGUGCUGCUCUUAAACAGGAAAUAUUACUGGCUUUAGCCAAACCUACAUUCCCACCAAUUUACAAGUUAAAACCAGGUAAUGGUCCAGCAGCUUGGCAUAAACAUUUUGUAGAAGAACAACAAAAAAUCCUAAACUUGAAACAGAGAGCUGAUGAUUUCCAAAGCAAAGUGGCAGCUGAAAGUGUUAAGAGGAAGUUUGGUGGUAAAAUUGAAACUGAUUUCACCGUAUUCCCCACCAAGGAAAUGGCUAAAGCUUUAAACGAAUCCAAACCAAUUAAUAUAGGUUUCUUGAAAAUCCCCAAAAGUCAACUACCACCCACUGAAAAACCAGGAAUAGUAAAUUUGGAAUUGGAUUUUCAAAAUCUGCAGAAAAUAUUGCAAACUCUUGCUUAUUAAAACGCUUUUGGAGAGCAUUAAAUUGAAUUUAGAUUAAUAUUUUUUUGCAUGUAUUAAACAUAGUUUUUCUUUACAAUAUUUAUAUAAAUUAU